AUGUCACGCCCUCCAGUCGCUACGGUAGACUUUGUGUCCCAACUCAGCUCCGCUUUGAUUCACGACCCUCCUACUCUGUCGAAUGCUGAAUCUCGAUCCUCGCGAUCGCCUGAGCAACCAGACGAAGAAGUGGACGAUACUGCUGAUGGUCGCAGAACUCGUCGUGAAAAGCCGCGAAUUGAGCUCGCUCCAGAUCAACCACUUACCACGCAGGGAAAACCCCGUGCUCGAGUUUAUGUUGCUUGCCUCCAAUGUCGGACACGCAAGAUACGUUGUGACGGGGCGAAACCCCAAUGCCACAAUUGCAGUCGACGUUCCAAGAGUGGAGAUGAAUGUACAUACGAUGCAGUGCCAAAACGUCGGGGUCCUGACAAGACUCCUGGCGCCCGACAGCGAAUGGCUCGGGAUGCUCAUGUUGGAAGCGAGAGCGACGUUGCUGCAUCCCGUCGGCGGCGCAGAAAAAGGCGUGAAGUGUCUGCGACCAAUACCAUUUCAGACCAAACGGCUAAUACCGACUUGGAGAGCGAUCAACCUCAGCCCGAAUCCCUCAUUUCAUUUCCUAAUAUCCCCCCACCCGUCAUCGACCCACAAUUAACCGCCAUGUCUCCUUUUCCGGUAGAGGGUUCAAUAGGGUCGAACUCGUUUCAGCCCUUACCGCUGAAUAUCCUCACUGAUGCAGUUACAUUGGUCGCACCUUCAGAUAAUGAGGUUCUAUAUCGUACCAUGACGAGCACUGAGUCAUAUGGCCAUAGCCCCCCACCUCGGGCAUUCAUUGCUUCACUGGACAAUGAAACCAGUGAGACUUCAGACGAAUCAUCAAACAUCACUCCCGAACCCUCUCUUGAUUUCACCCGUAAAACAUGGUGGGAUUCACUUCUUGCCAUUUACACUUCCUCAUCAUACCUUCCUUUCCUAACUGCGACGCAACGUUGCCAUGCUACGGAGUCAAUCACUGCAGAUAUCCAAUUUCUAUUCCGCGGAUCUAACUAUUGGUUCAAUUUUAUCAAUGUUCCUCAGUUCCUUGGGAGGUACUUUAAUCCCGUAAAGAGGGAGCAGAUGCACCCCGCGCUGCUUCCGGCUGCUCUCGCUAUUGCUGCAUUAUUUCAGAGUUCAGAAGCGGGCAACGGGAGGGAAGGGAGAGACCGAGCUGUUAGGUUACGAGAUAUUGCGCAAGGUCAUCUCGAGGCAAGCCUUAACGCUCGUUGGAUAGAUGAUUCGCUCGCUCAAGCUGCCUGGCUUCUGGCGUUCUUCGAGAUUUGUCCCCAUCCUCAAUACACUAGGGAGCGGUCCUCGUCAGCUGUACUCAUGCUUGACAUGAUCAUACAUGGCCUAGGGCUGACUUUUCUUGAUGUCGACAAUCCACAUUCUGCCAAGUUCUCGCCUCGAUCUGUGCCUACGAUUACACCCCAUACGUGGAACCCCCCUCGGCAGGCCGUAUACCCGACCGACCGCUUGCUCGCUACUCCUAGUGUCACUCAGUCACAAUAUCCUUUGAAAGGCUGCUCCUGCUCUUCCAUGACGCUUGGCCAGCGUUGGCCAGCUGCCUAUGAGCACACCCCACUUUGGGUUACCACUCCUGCGUGGGAUGAUAACUGGUCAGAAGCCGAGGUCCGCAAAGAGGGGUGCCGCCGAUUAUGUUGGAGCGCCCUCGCCUUAAUCGCCGGCCACACUUCAUACGCUACUGCUGAGAAACGUGUUCCUCCGGAACUUUUCCUCAGGGAACCCGCGAAUUUUGCGCUGCUCUUUCCUGGAGAGGCACUAGGACUAUCAAGCAUGACAUCCCAUCAUUCAGGGAAAGACACUGUGUGGGCAUUGAUUCACCGAACGAUGCUUCUCUGGCAUAGCUGCCUGCAAAUCAGACGCACCCCGAGUGCAAACGAUGCUGAAAUGGCUCGUUUUGCAGUAGAUGCGUGGCUAGAGGCAGAUGCGUUAGAGCAAGCAUUUGACGCGCAUACCUGUGACUUGGAGAGGACUUUCUUGUUCCAAGGUCGGGAGUUUUUAUUCAACGUUCGUAUGACGGUAUCUCAUGAAUUCAAACGGUUUAUCCCUGUCGCCACUGCCGAUGCUAAUGGACUAUUCCACAGGGCCAGGGAAUGGCUAUCUCACCAGGCUAAUAUUGCCCAGCGCGUUGUACUUGGGAUGGACGCAGUGACUGGUCAUGCUGCUCACUCCCUCAUGCACAGGCCAUUCUUCAUUUUCUGGUUCAUGAGCCAGAUCAGCCGGGCACUCGCUCUGUGGGAUUGCGAUAAUACACUGACCCUUGCUCUUGACGUUUGCAUAGCAUUCUUCAAGCCUAUAGACUACCUAAUUGCCCUCUGGCCUUGCGAAGAUAUACGACGCAGGGUCUCUAAGCUUCGCGAACAGCUGGCGCGUGCGUGCAGGAGUACUAGACGACCACACCUCCUGCCAAGUUCGGCAUGGUAG